AGUACACACCAAAUUAAAUGUAUUGAGACACCAGGCAAGCUAUAUACAUGUGCUUUAGAGCCAAAUUAUACAAUCCAUCGAUCUGCAUUAUAUUCACACGCACAAACUAAGUCCAUCGAUGCUUAGUUGUACGUUCUGCUAUAGACGGUCUACGAUUCUGUCACAAAGAGAACGUACGACACCGCCGAUUUGAAAGCAGAAGAGGAACUCCGUUGAUGACUGCUACGUUUGCCGAGCUUGUUUCACGAGCAGGGGGAGGUUCGCCGGUGCAGUAGCAGGCCCUCCGGAGCACGGAAGGAGUUCCUCCAUACUUCUUUCGCCGGAGAAGAGCCAGACGGGAACAAAAGAGCUCGCUGGAGCACCUUAACCUCGUCGUCGGAGUGACUACGGAUCUGCGGUUCGAACCUGUACCGAAUCACCAUAGGAACGGAAGUCUACGGGAGCCUGAGAAUCCUUUCUGUACGCCACUGGACGCCGGAGAAGCGGGAGGACUCGCCGGAAACAGAACCCAGUUGCUGCGCCGGACUGCUUUGACGACGGAGAACGAAUCGCCGGAGGUACCACCUACUGCCGACACCGAAGGGGAAGAGCCAUCGACGGAGGAGACCAGUCCAUCGAACCACCUGCUUUUACCGUCUUCCUGAGGAUCUCGCCGCUGCACCCGCUCCUUGGUUGCGCCGGAGAAGACAACGAACUCAGAUUGACGAUCAUGUUGAAGUUGAUUUCGAGAGCUUCCGCUAGAACACAUAGACUAAAGUGACUAAGUAAUUUAUUUUAGUCUUAAUUUUUAAAGAAUCGUAGUUGAACUAUUAAUUAUGGAAAAGGUUAAUUAUUGCUUGUGGAUAGCCUGUGCACUCGGUUAUGUGAGAACCGAGUGUGGUGGUAACGCCCCUGUUUCCCUUUGAAUUUUCCGCUGCACAACACUGAUGUUUUCAAAUAAAUCAUUAUUUAAAGGUGUUUUUGGGUGAGAAAUUUGGGGGUGUUACAAUAUGACAUGGGCAACUAUGGAGAUAGAUGAACCAUAUGUGGAGACUGUAAAUCGUGAUUCAGAAACGAUAGCAGUCGACAAGACAUUCACUUCCUAUGAUGAGUUAAAAGAAGCUGUGGUCCGAGAAAACAUCCGUCAAUACCAAUUUUUUGGGUCGGAUGACAAACCUGGAAGGUUGUGUGCAUCUACCCGGCGGAAGUAUGCAUGUGGCAUAUCCAAGCAGGAAAAUGACGGAGCACAAACGUGUGGAAGGUGAAAAAAUAUCAACCCGUCCACACAUGUAUUAAUGACUACACCAUAGCUCCAGAUAACAUGAUCUUGACAAACAAACUCAUAGCAACUGAGAUAGGUCCUAAAGUGAAAGCGGAUCCGGACUAUCCAAUAAAACUCAUAAUUGAUGACAUUUAUGAGAAAUUCCAAAUCCAUGUUGCAUACAAAAAGGCAUUGUAUGGCCGCUUGAUUGCUCUAGAGCGCAGAUUCGAUAAUUGGGAGGCCUCAUAUAAUCCAAAAUUGUUUAAAGCAAUAAGAUAUUUCAAUAUGGGGAGUCUUGUUCAAUUCCAAACUCAAAGGACUGAAAUUGAAGGGAUGCGUGAAUUCUGUCGAGCGUUCUGGUCAUUCAAAGCUUCUAUUGACGGUUUCCGUCACUGUCUGCAUGUAGUCUCCACUGACGGAACACACUUGUACGACAAAUAUAAGGGUGUUCUCCUAGUUGUGGUGGCCGUGAACACCAAUCGUGAGAUAUUCCCUCUCGCUUAUGGUGUUGUGGAUAGUGAGAAUGCGAAUAGUUGGUCCUGGUUUUUGCAUAGAGUUAUGGCAGGCGUGGUUAGACCUCAUCGUCCAGCUUGUAUAAUCUCCGACCGUCAUGCCGAAAUCGAAAGUGCAUUUCGAAAUGUUUCUGAAUUGCAAUCGUCUCAAGUGUCGAAGCGUUAUUGCCUCCGUCACAUUCGGAGCAAUUUUAUGACGAAAUUUAGGAACACCGCCUUGAAAAAGUUGUGUUGACAAGCAUGUAGCACUUCUAACGUCCGAGAGUUAUUUACAAACACCAAACAUCACCUCAAUUCUCUUCACAUCACGAAUCUCCAUUUUUUGAGCCACCGCCAUAUUACCCGUGGGACGGGGAGCCACCUCAACGUUCUUGGCCAUGGUUAUCAUAGGGAUGAUUAGAUAGAGUUUUAAUAAAUGUAUUAUUCUAUGCACACUUUUUUAUUCAUUUUUCAUUUCAUUUCAUUUACCCGGGUGCCGCAAAGGCUCUCACCUACGGUGGGGUAAGAGGGAUCGGAUGUACGCAGUCUUACCCCUGUACUAAAAUACAGAGAGACUAUUUCCGGAUGACCCAUAGUGAAAAUCCCGUCCAAAAUUGCAUGGACUAACUUCUGCUUCAUAACAAAGAAGCGCAGUCAGUUUAGUGAGUCAUUUUGCUUUAUUCCAUCAUAAUCUCAAGCCAAAAAAUAAUGAAUCUUUGGCUCCAUUGCAAAUGAUGGAAAAAUAUGUACACAUUUUGCUUUAUGUUGUGACUAUAAAUAAAAGUCAAAA